AUGAUAAACUGUUUUCCGAUAUCUUAUGAUAAUUAUAUCAUGAAUCUCGAUCUAUUCUGGUUGUUUGAGUGUUGGAAUAUAGAAGACAAUCGAGCGGCUACCUACCUUAGUUCUAGAAUUGGCGCAGGGAUUCUUAGUGGUUGGUCUACUCUAUCGGCUUCCAUUUUUUUCUAUCCUCCGCCUAGUCAACUUUAUUCCACUACACUCUCACAUUGUCCUUUAACUUUUCAGUAUAAUAAUCCUUCAGUAGAACCCCCCAGACUCGGUCAGACUCAUAAAAAGUCGGUCAAUUCAAACAAGACUUAUCAUAUAGUGAGAGUUCCGUGCUUUGGUCUACUCACAAAUCACUCUCACUCACCGAGUGAAGCCAUACCAACUCACCCACAUUAUGCUCAAGCGGCUCCCACGUUUUACAAUCACUCGUCUAUACAACACUACAUUUGCACCUCGCUUCUCCAGUACAAUGUCAAGCAACGAUCAGCAAACACAGACAGGGUCCAGCGAAGCUAA